AUGCAUGCUGUCCGCUCGUCUUCUGGCUCCGCUUCCAAGGCGUCCGGAAAGAAAACGAGACUCAAGACCGUGAAGCUCGACGCGUCCUCUGAGCCUCCGAACAAGAAACCGAGAACCGUAAUCCAUCAGGGCGAUGGUAGGCUCUGGGUGGACAAGUAUGAGCCAACGGUCGAGGCCGAUUUGGCGGUGCACAAGCGCAAAGUCGAAGACGUGCGGCGAUGGCUCUCGGAGGCCUUUGAAGGAGGCCCGACUGGCAAGCUUCGAAAAUAUCGCCGGAUUCUGGUCCUCACCGGGCCUGCUGGUACCGCAAAGACGACUACGCUACGCGUGUUAGCCCGAGAGAUGGGUUUCGAAAUCGUCGAGUGGCGCAACAGCAUGAGCGAACGCGGCCCGAAUGACUCUUGGAUGGACACGGAAGCAUUGUUCGACAAAUUUCAGGCAUUCCUCACGAGGGCUUCCUCGUGUUAUAAUAUUUUCGCAGCGAGUUCUGCAAUCGCGUCAACGCAGUCGCAAUCUCACACUCAGUUAAAGUCCCUAUCAGAGCCGUCAACUCCAUCCCUCCCCUCCACUUCCUCGAGCCAGCUUUCUAACCGCCACCUGAUCCUUCUGGAGGAUCUGCCUAAUAUUCUGCACCUUCCUACGCAAGCGCGAUUUCACGAUGCCUUGCAGUCGCUCUGCGGCUCUUCUGAGUCCGGGCCUCCUGUUGUGAUCAUCAUAUCCGACUCGGGUCUCCGCGGCGAGAAUGCUUAUAAUGAUGAUGCGUGGGACGGUGCAGGCGGUGCGCGCUGGUCUAAGAAAGAGACUAUAGACAUAAGAAGUCUUCUCGGAGCUGAUCUUUCCACCAGCCCUUAUGUCACGCGCAUCGCCUUCAACCCUAUUGCGCCGACGUUGAUGACCAAGGCCCUGCAGGCGAUGCUCACUAUCCAUUUUGCGUCUACUUCUGGAAAGCCACCGGCCAAAGAUGUUGUUGAUAUGAUCGUAGAAUCGUCAAAUGGGGAUAUCAGGAGCGCGGUGAUGGCACUGGAAUUUGCAUGUGUAGUAACGUUGACCAAGGGUGGUGGGAGCGGAAAGACCCGACGGAAUACGGCUGGAAGUGGGGGUGCACGAGCUGUCCUGGAGGCUGUUACGCGAAGAGAGCAGAGUCUAGUGCUAUUUCAUCUGAUGGGAAAGAUAUUAUAUAACAAACGCAAGGGAGACCCUCCUGCUACACAUCUCUCCGCCAGAGAUGCUGCAAAGGAGCGUGAGCUAGACGAAACGUUCGUAGACCCGUCACCUCUGCCAGACUUUCUUUCGGAACAUGAUCGAAAGGCGAGCCGAGUUUGCUUAGAGACGAUUGCAUCAGAUUCACCCAUUGACUCGUCGCUCCUAGGAUUGUACAUCCACCAAAAUUAUACCAUGUUCUGUACGGAUGUCGAUCAAUGUGACGGGGUCUGUGAGGGGCUUAGUUGGGUUGACUGUGUCGGUGGUCACCUCCCGUCCACCACCCCACACGCCUUUCCAACACUUGUAUUGUCCACGCUUCAUGCACUCCCGACACCGGUUCCACGAAAAGGACAGAAGGUGUGCAAGCCUUCAUGGUUUGAUGUGCGUAAGAAGGAGCAGGAUGCAUUGGAAGGCGUAGGCGAUGUCACGACCUGGUUGGGACAUGGAGGGGCAAGCGAGGAGCAUGCACCAGGAAGAUGGACGCAUGCUGACGUUGCAGUUGAGCUAUGUGGCUGGUUGCGUGCUGUUGAUCGUACUGGCAUUGCUCAACUGCAAGUGCCGCGAGCACACAGACUUUUCUCGUACCUUCCGUGGGGUGCGGGAGGUGUUGGCGGGGAUGUCCUCGGAGAAGAUGAAUAUGGGGAGACAGAUGACGUUGAUGACCAGGGUGAUAUCAGGGUUUUGGGAGCUUUAAGAGAUGAAAAGGAGGGAAAGGGCUGGUGGUUGGAGAGCGAUGAUAUAGAGGAGGCAGAAAUGGAGGCUUAG